AUGUCAUCGAACCUUGAUGAUGAGAUUGAGGAUCUACAAGCAAAGAUUUCUUCCCUCAAAAAGCAGCUCCGUAUCCACACAUCAACGCUCAUCACCGCCCCAUCAACCCGCCAGCUCCUCACGGAAGACACACACGCUUCAUCCUCGGCCCCUAAAACAAAGCACCAGCAACAACAAAACUCGCUCCUCGCCGAUUCCGCCGACCAACACGAAGCCCACGCCCAACAGUGCCUCUAUCGCGCAUGCGCAACACUCACCACAUUUCGGGCGCGAGACCCCGACCCGUGCGCCGUCGAUGCCGGCGCGAUCUUAGGCUUGCGCAUCGAGGUCAUCAGCCGCGCCCGCUUUCUGCGCCCUUACUACGUCCUUCUGAACCGGCCCUAUUUGAGCGCUGAUGGGAGCCGUCGCCUCCGGGUGCAUCGCCAUACCCUACCAGCUUGUAUACCCCUUGCGGGGUUGGCGGCGAGAUACUUGCCACCUCCGGCGGCGGCGACAAAGGAGGGCAGCGGGGGUAAGAAAAAGCAGGAUCUGGCCAGGUUUGCACGCGCGGUGAGGAGGGACGUGGUGAGGUAUCAUAAUCGGCUUGGGGUGGUCGCGGAUUUGAGGAAGGCGGCGGGGGUGGGGAGGGACACAGGCGCCGAGUUUGGGGAGGAGGAGCAGCCGAACAGGCUGGUGAAUAUUACUGCGGCCGACUCUGAAGUGAAACAGCUUACCAUUGAGUGGGCUGACGGCCGGACCGGACGGCUGGUCAUGGGCAAUGAUGGGGAGAUUGUCAAGUUGGUAGUGCUGGGCGAGAACGGCCGGGACCGAGAGGCUGCAAGGGGCUUGCUCGGUGGAGCUACCACGGCUGAGGAUGUGGUAAAACGGUUGGCGGCCGCAUCCGUUUGA